UAGAUAUUUGGCGCAACCCUGAUUUUGAUUCAGCCAAGUCCUUCUCUCCACAUUCCCCUCUCUCUGUUUCUUUUGCUCUGUUCUAUUUGUGUCAACUUCUUCCACACUCACCUUUUUCUCCACUGAAACUUCAAAAAUUUCUUCAACUUCUUCUUACUCCAAAUUCAUUCCUUUAACCCCAAUCCACAAUUCUCCAUUUAGCUUUCCUCUACUCUUUUGCAGACAUUCUGCCACUCCCAUGGCUCGAAAGCAACACUUACACGAGCUUUUGAAACAGGAUCAAGAACCCUUUCUUCUCUCCAAUUUCAUCAAUGACAGACGCUCUCUUCUCAAGCGCUCUUCCUUCAAAUCCCAUUUCCAUCUCAAAAACCCAAAACCCAUUUCCCAUUCCCCUGAUUUUUCAGCUAAAUUUUGCAGGAGCACCUGUUUUUUCUCUUUCAACCAUUCCCCUGAUCUUGCUAACUCAUCCCCGCUUUUUGGGUUUCAGUCUCCGGUAAAAACCCCUUAUCGAAGCCCCAAUCCUGUUUUCUUUCAUGUUCCGGCUAGAACGGCUGGACUUCUUUUGGAAGCUGCUUUGAGGAUUCAGAAACAGUCAACGGCUGCGAGAUCCAAAUCCUUUGGAAAAUCGAAUGGAUUAGGCCUUUUGGGUUCUUUUCUUAAGCGUUUGACUCAUCGGAGCCGUUCUCGGAAGCGAGAGAUCCACGGCGAUGGUCGGAUAAACGACCCCCGUGAUGGCCCGCCAUUGCCGGCGAAAAUGGCGAUCGAGGAGAACGAGAAAGAGAACGACUCUGUUUUUCGGCUGAGUAAUGUAACAGGCUUUGAUUUCUGUGAGAGUAAUUUAUGCGAUAGUCCUUUUCGGUUCGUGCUUCAAUCGAGCUCUUCACCCGGUCACCGGACGCCAGAGCUCUCUUCACCGGUGUCUUCUCCGGCUCGCCUAGACCAUCAGGCCAAUGAUGUAGAGAGCUUGCAAAAAUUGCCGGCUGAGGAUGAGGAGGAAGAGAAAGAACAGAGCAGUCCCGUGUCGGUAUUGGAUCCUCCGUUUGAGGACGACGACGAAGGAAAUUUCGAGGAUGGCGAGGACGAGGAUGAUUACAAUUUGGAACGCAGCUUCGCCAUUGUACAAAAGGCAAAGCAUCAGCUACUGAAAAAACUUCGAAGAUUCGAGAGGCUAGCAGAACUAGACCCCUUAGAACUCGAGACAUUUCUACUAAACGACGAAGACCAAGAUGAAGACGAACUCAGUGAUGGCGAUGACAUUGAUCAUCUCAAGGAAGAAGUAGAAGAAUACGAAAAGGACAUCAAACAACACAACAAAGAGGGCAAUGACAGUUCAAGGUUCCAAAAUCGACCCUCAAGAGAUACAAAGACACUCGUCUGCAAUCUCAUUACUGAGGAAGAGAGGAACAUAGUUGCGAUAGAGAAGAGAGAAGAGACAAUGAAGAGGGUGUACAUGAGACCAGAUUUGUGGAAACGGGUAGACUCGAAUGCCAUCGACGUGAUGGUGGGGAAAGAUUUGAAAGAAGAAGUUGAUGGAUGGAACAGAAAUAAGGAGCCGAGAGGAGAAAUAGGCAUUGAAAUAGAGGUUGCAAUCUUCAGCUUGCUGGUGGAAGAAAUGCAAAGUGAACUACAUUGCUUAGCUCAUUAAACUGCAAGCAAUUGGAGUGAGUCCACAAAAAAAAAAAAAAAAAAAAUUCCACAAAAUAAUCUCUAGAUUUUUUAAUUACUCUUAGGAAUAUAUAAUCUGACUUCAAGAGCAUAGGGUUUAAGUUUAACACCUCUGAAGUAGAAAGAUUAGGAUGAAAGGGACAUCACUAUGAUUUGUAAAUUCAUUAUCUCUCCAUAUAUUAUCAUCAUCUUAUAAUAUCUAUAAUUUUAAUUUUUGAAA